AUACAGCGCGCGCGCGCACGAGCACUGUAUGUUUUUAUUUUAUUAUUUACAUUUUGUGUACAAAAAUAAUGUUAGUCUGAUACUAAGGUUAAAUACAUUGAUCGUGAUUUGUGUGUAGUUUUAUAAAUGUGUAUCGUAUUUUGAUUGCCCUGUAAAUACCGUUGUACAUAGGGAAUAGGUGAGAGACCUGCAAAAAGAUAUAUAUAUAAUUAUAUAUAGAUAUACAUAAGAUGAGCGGCGUUAAAGGGGUUGUAAAUCGCAGCGCCAAGACGUCCGGCAAGAACAACAGCACAAACACGGCCACACAAAAUGCCGAUUCAAAGGAUGUGGUGCCAAACAAAGUGCAUGAAAAAGAAAAGUUACAGCCAACAGCAGAACAGCUCAGGAUUGCUAAAAUCAUUGAUCCAAAAGCAGACGAUGAAAUUAAAGCUAAAGUCAAACAGGUGAUGCAAAUAACACAGAAAAGCGAAGAUGAAAUUGUUAUUGCGCUUCACGAUAAUAGUCUUGAUGUAGCUUUAACUAUAGAUGCUCUUUUGGAAGGACCACAAGAAUCAUGGUCGACAACUGGUAAAAAGAAGAAAAACCGAGCUAAUAGUGUGAAUAAAAAAGAUAAAGAAGAAUUGAAGAAUGGUGAAGUCGACGGAGAUGACUGGAGAGAAGAGACUCCGGGCGUUACACCGGCGACUACUAGUACUGCCCAGAACAAUGGUGGCUUCAGUGAGAGACGUGGCCGUGGUCGUGGUGGCAGAGGAGGCUACAAUGCAAGACCCAGGCCAGGCGACGGUCAGAAAUUCGGAGAGGCGCGUAAAUGGCGAGACCGCGAGAACAAAGAGAAUGAAAAAAAUUUAACAGAAGAUGGUGCUACGGGUGAAAAUCGUAACUUCCGUUCAGAUAGCCGGGGUUCCAGAAGAGGUGUGAACGGUUCUCGUUACAGCGGUCGUUCUAGAGGUACUCGGAUGUUCCAGAAUAGCGAGCGCGGUAGUUCUGGGCCUAGUGCUGGGAGUAAUAGUGGGUUUAGUCAGCCUAUUGACACUUGGUUUAAUCCUACAGCCAAAGAGUCUAAAAAAGAAAACUGGGGAGAUACCUUUCCUUCGCCCGAAGACUGGGACAACGAAGAGUAUACUGGUUCGUUGGCUGACACUAAAGUGUUCACACCUAGUAGUGGUACUGAAACUGUUGUUAACCAUGAAUCUGAACCAUCCAAACCUAAUGAAGAGUCCUAUGAAGAAGUAGAAGACUGGAACGAUGCUGUUCAAGCUACUGGUCAACAGAGCGCAGUUCAAAAAACCACUAGUCCUGACAAACGGUCAGGCCCUAGCAAAACACUUACGCCUGAACAAUCUCAGUAUUUAACGUCGUUGACUCAAGAAAGUCAGUUAAAAAAGGUUACCAUUCAGCCAGCAACCGCCACGUUCAAUUCUCAUCCUCCAGUGGAGUUUGUUUCCUCGCCAUUUGAUGAAAACUCAAUAGGUCCAGGAAAGAAACCUACACUGCGAGCCCGCAUCCCACCACCUUCGAAAAUACCGUUAAGCGCUGUGGAAAUGCCACCAGACGAUUCGAGCGCUAAUAUUAACUUCUUAGAUGUUUCGUUCGGUGCUGUAGAAAUAUCUGGUGAUUCACACAUUAACGACUCCUCGGUCGGUCAGGAUCAAAAUUCUAUGCCUGUUAAAUAUGACGAUUCAGUUGCUCAGAAAGUCGAUACAGUAUUAGGGCAAACGGAUCAGUAUUCUACCAUUUCGAAUCAAGUCGGAAACCAAACCCAACGACCCACCCAAGUCAAUCAGGUGCCGCAGCCAUCGACUAAAAUUGGACCUCCUCCCGGCGUCCCUCCUCCAGCAGCUGAUUAUCUGUCAAAACAAAAUGCUGCCGCCAAUGUUUACCAACAAGUCAAUUCUGUCAACUCUGGACAGCCAGCGUCCAUUUACAAUUCAGUCUACUCGAAUAAUCCACAAGGUAUUACCAGUCAUUCGAGUCUAUACGGCACAACAACGUCAAAUAUAAAUAGCACUAAUCCCCACAUUCCUCAGUUGUCUCAAUCCAACCAUUCAAUUUUGAAUGCCAACUAUCCACAAACGGCGGCACAACCUCCAUUUCCAUCAUACUCUUACCCGAAUCCUGCACACUCUUACCAAGCAUCGGGAAUGUCGUACCCACCCAUUGUCUCGGCAGCGAACUUAGCAUCGAUGUACACACCAUCGACUUAUUCUAACUACAUACAUCAAAACUUGCAUCAGACGGGUAACACAAACAAUUUAUCCAAAUCUACAGCUACAUUGACUUCAACCACUAAUUCUACCGCUAAAGACAGCUUGUACGAAUCUCAAACGUCAAGUAACUCUCUCACGUCUAGCGCUAGUAACAAUUCAACCGGGAACAAUAUUAGUGGCACGGCAUCGAGUAUUGGACUCACGCAGAGUACAUUGUUGACUUCUAAAACAACUACUCCAACAACUAAUAAAAGCGGUGUUUUAUCAGGCAUGCCUCCGGGCGUCGCGCCAUUGGUCGGCGCUCAAUACAUAUUGAGCCAGCAGGGUAUACCGGGAUACUACCAUCAAUCCCAUCCUGUCAUGUACAGCGAUGAACACUUACAAAUGGUACAGUCAAGACUACCUCAUCAUAUGACUACUAAUUUCUACUCGCCUGAUCCGAUGUACCCGACUGUGUCGUCGAGCCUGACUGGUAGAGAAAAUGCCGGUGCCAGUAUUUCAAACGUGGCUGGUUACUCGUCGCUAACGGACUCUAGGUUUACGCGCACAGACAACAAUGCUUCGCCGGUUCCAUCAACGCUUUCGCAACAGUCUGGAACAUUGGCUCACCAGCAAACGUUGUUAAAUCCUCCUAUUACACCCAGUUACACUUAUUACUAUGGACAGUCUGUGAUACCUGCAAAUCCUUUCCAGUACGGUACCAUGUAUCCGAUGGCGCCAGCAGCUAAUGCGAACAAUCACGGCACCGGAGCUACAAACACCAUGUCUGGAUAUAAUAAAACGGCCGCGGCGCCAGCUGCCUACAAUAAUGUUUACGAGACUCUGGGUUCAUCGUCGGUGACCGGCGGUUCAAGUACAGACUACGGAAGUUCGAGCAAAGUUGGUGUGUCCGGACAACAAUCGUCGUCCCAGGCCCAGGGCAAAAAUAACUCAUCUGAUCUCGCCGCCAUGUAUUCCAGCAAGUCGACAUUAAACAAAGUCAACCCCUACGACAAACAACAGCAGUCGUUUCAGUCGCCUCCACCAUUUUCUGUGAAUUUGAACAACGGCGGCGUUGGCGGUCACCAUAGCGGCGGUAAUUACGCUCCAGUAUUCAUUUCACCAUUGCCUCCCGGCAAUCCUCAGCCACAUCAUAUUGCGCCGCUCCAUCAUCAGAUCGAUAUGAGGGUUCAGAACAGGCAAGGGCAAGAAUUAAGCAACGGUACGGCGAGCAGUAUGAGCCGAAAUCAGUCCGUGAACCAGACGGGCGCCAACAAGGUGAACGUUAAGCAACCUUACGGCCAAGGCACGACUCCCUACUGGAGCACCAAUUGACUUGGUUCACGAGUCAUCCGAAAUACAUUCUGACGACAUUAGUCGUCUACGAACAUAAUCCUUAAAAGUUCUAUCGAGAGAAUGAUGAACGUCAGAUAGAGGUUUCAUUUCUCCAUUUAAAAUCCUUAAUUCCUUCGUUCACUCAAUAGUAUCACAAUAUUGUCAUUAUUUUUCCUGAAUAAUGUUUUUAUCUUUUUUGUCCAUUUCGUUUGGGUGUAAUAAUUUAUUUUUUUAAUUAAAUAUCUUAUCCUUUAUUAUUAUUA